GUCAGGCGGAAGUUGUUUUGACGGCGGAAGUAUAGGGAUAUUAGUACAGAUACUGUAGGCGUAGCUAACUAAAGCAAACUGCUUUAGGAGUUUAACAUUUGAUAGUCUUUUUAAACAGCUGAAUGUGAGCCUCUUUGGGCGUGGGUUAACUGCUCGAUCAGGUUGGGCUUUUUGUGAUGGCAGACCACUCUGACAUCAGUCUGCUGCCAGAAGAGCGGGUCCGUGCUCUGACCAAGAAGGGGAGCACGGUAGAGGUUAAUGAAGAUGUGCCCCCACGGCGUUACUUCCGCUCAGGCAUGGAGAUGAUCCGCAUGGCCAACGUCUACACAGAUGAGGGCAACAUCGAGCACGCCUUCGUCCUGUACAAUAAAUACAUCACGCUCUUUGUAGAAAAACUUCCCAAGCAUCGGGAUUAUAAGACUGCUAACAUUCCUGAGAGGAAAGAUACACUGAAGAAAGUGAAGGAUGUUGCAUUUCCUCAAGCCGAGAUUCUGAAAAAAGCUCUUUUGAAAAGAUUUGAACAGGAGUAUGCCCAGUAUCUUGUCAAGAAGAGAGAGGAGGAGGUGGCCUUGGCGCAGGAGCAGUCCAGGCAGCGAGCGCUGGAUGCCGAGCGGGAGCGUGUGGCAGAGAUGCAGCGGCGGCAGCGGGAGCAGGAACAGUUCAGUGCCUUUGAAGAGAUGAUCCGGCGCCAGGAGCUGGAGAAGGAACGCCAGCGUGUGCUUCUGGAGUUUGCCACACCUGCCAAGCCCUCUCCUGACAUGCCCCUCAUUCCAGGCAUCCAAGGGCCCUCGCUUAUCUCCCCCACACCCCCACAGAGCCCAGGGGACCUAUCGGGCACCAUGAACCACCAGUACAAUCGCCCUCCCGCCACCAUCAGCACGCCUGCCACGGAUCCACCAAGCUUCAACCGAUCGCUCAAGCCUGAGUCUCUGGUCAGCCCAGGGAACAACAAUACGAUGGUGGAUGCCCUUCGGAAGUUGGCUGUUCCCGCUGAGCUAUGCCGGAACUUUCUGAGGUUGGCCGAGGCCAACACAAGCCGAGCUGUAGAAACUUGUGGCAUCCUGUGUGGCAAACUGACCAGAAAUGCGUUUACUGUGACCCAUGUUAUCGUACCAAAGCAGUGUGGCGGCCCAGACUACUGUGACACGGAAAACGAGGAGGAACUCUUUCUCAUACAGGACCAGUACGAUCUCAUCACCCUGGGCUGGAUACAUACUCACCCUACACAGACGGCCUUCCUGUCCAGUGUUGACCUCCACACACACUGCUCCUACCAGAUGAUGCUGCCAGAGGCCAUCGCUAUUGUCUGCUCACCUAAGUUCAAUGAAAUCGGCUACUUCCGGUUAACGGACCGAGGAACAGAGGAGAUCUCCACAUGUAAACAGAAAGGCUUCCACCCUCACAGCAAAGACCCCCCUCUAUUUACAGUGGAGGAGUUUUGGUCACUAACCACCUGAUGACCUCCAUAAUGUGGGACCAGUGUGCUGCUGUAGCACCCCCAGAUACACUCAAAGGAAGUAUUGUCUCUUUGUCUGCCUGUCCAACAUCUCCAUCUAUUCUGUUAGUCUCGUGUCCUAUAGGGGGCAGAGUUUAGUGGUUAACCAUCUGACUUCCUCAUGCCCCUCACUCAUUUACCAGUCACAUACAGUCAGUGUAUCAGGCACUUUAAUAGUCCUGCACUGCUCUGGUUACUGGGGUAAAGUCUGUCUGAGAUCAGUCUGAGGCUGCCUGUUACUCUGUGCUCACUUUAUACUCUGACACAUUAGAUUAACUGUCUGUACCACUGUUUGGGAACACUGCCUUUCUCUAGAGCUCAUUCAGUCCAUAGAUAAUCUAUGUGAAUACAUUAGAGAUUAUCAAUGCCCAGAUUUAGGUUAAAAACAGUUUAUUGUACUUUAGUGUUAGGCCUCUGGGUCAUCUCACUCUGCCAAGUUUCAAGAGGGAGUGUCGUGCUUUGUGUAGGCCCGGUGAGAUUCGAGUUUAGCGUUUCGUGUUAUUAGAUUUUUCGAAUGUUGGGAGGUCUCCCAGCAGGGGAAUUUAUCCCACUCCUGCAAAGCGUUAUGCCAUUGAUGCGGGGAUACUUUAGACAGAUUCAUAUUUACGUUGUCAGACCUGGUUCACGCAGUACCAGCCGGUGUGCCGUGCGGUUGGG